AUGGAUAAAGGGUGGAUAAGUCUUCCUAGGUUGCAUCCAGCAUACAUUCAAGGAGUGAAGGAUUUUGUAAAGUAUGCAUGUGGAAUCAAUCCUAAUUCAAAUGAAAUCAUGUGUCCGUGUAAGAAGUGCAGGAACGUCAAAUUAGUGAAAAAGGAGGUACUAGGUGAACAUUUAAUGAUAGAUGGGUUUCUACCUAGUUACACGUGUUGGAUCUUUCAUGGCGAAUUUGUAGCAUCUCCUGUAGCUCGUACUGAGGAUAAAGGGCAGAGUGACUCAUACGAGGGUGAUGAAAUGCAUGACCUGCUUUAUGAUGCCUUUGGAAUUCCCCCAUUUGUUCCUCCUACAAAUGACACGACAGGUUCUAAUAGUAACUACGGUCCAGAUGAGAAAACCAAAAAAUUCUUUAGUUUGUUGAAGGAAGCUGAAAGAGAGUUGUAUCCAGGGUGUUCAAAGUUUUCAACCUUGUCAUUCAUUGUUCGGCUUCUUCAUAUAAAGACCCUUUCUGGUUGGACUGACAAGUCUUUCACAAUGUUGCUUGAGCUACUGAAGGAGGCAUUCCCUGAGGGUGACACAUUACCCAAGUCGUUUUACGCAACUAGAGUUCUCCUUAAGGACUUGGGUCUCGAUUACCACAAGGUAGAUGCAUGUCCAAAAGAUUGUUCAUUAUAUUGGAAAGAUACCACUGAUAGGGAUAAUUGCAUAGUGUGUCAUCAUCCUAGAUACAAACAGUUUGAGAAAGAGGAGAUUGAAGCUAAGAAGGACCAAAAAAAGAUCCCACACAAGAUUGUUAGAUACUUCCCGUUGAUUCCAAGCCUUCAAAGAUUGUUCAUGACAUCUGAAACAGCUUCAUUGAUGAAAUGGCAUGCAGCUAGCCGAACUAAUGACAGAAAAAUGAGACAUCCUGCUGACACUCCUGUUUGGAAACACUAUGAUAAUCUAUAUCCAGACUUUGCUUGUGAGCCUCGCAAUGUUAGACUUGGUUUAGCAAGUGAUGGAUUCAAUCCGUUCAAGUCAAUGGGUAUAUCUUAUAGUGUUUGGCCAGUGAUUCUAAUGCCAUACAACUUACCACCGUGGUUGUGCAUGAAGCAACCGUAUAUGUUUCUGACCUUGCUCAUUGAUGAACCUAAUGGGCCUGGAGAUAAAAUUGAUACAUAUUUGCGCCUUGUGGUAGAUGAGCUAAAGCUAUUGUGGGAAAUUGGUGUGGACACCUAUGAUGCAAAAAGUAACCAAAUGUUUCAUGAAGCAACCGUAUAUGUUUCUGACCUUGCUCAUUGA